CAUGUGUUUCCUGAAGAAAUAAGGUUUGAGUAAUCUUCUAGUUUUGGUAAUACACGGGAUCCCAGGGAUGUCUAUAAAGACUCCAUAUCUCUGAGUUCAACAUUUGUAUUAGAACUUCCCUAAGGGAAGCCAUUCAGUGAAUCCAACUUUAGCCAACAGCCUGCAGCAUUAAGAGUUUCUCCUUGAAGAGCUCAAAGACCAAAGUGCCCCACAAAAUGCUUCUGCUGCAUGAUUCCUCAAAGCUGCUGACCUUAUACAAAUCCUUGGCCAGAAGCAUCCCUGAGUCCCUGAAGGUGUAUGGCUCUGUUUAUCACAUCAACCAUGGAAACCCCUUCAACUUGGAGGUGCUGGUAGACUCCUGGCCUGAGUAUCAGACAGUCAUUGUCCGGCCUCAAAAGCAGGAGAUGAUUGAUGACAAGAAUCUCUACAUAAACAGAUACUGUAUAUUCUCCAAAGAGCCUCAAAAAUUACAGGAUGUCCUUAAACAUUGUGGGGUCAUCAACUGGAAACAAAUGUUCCAAAUCGAAGGUUUCCAAGAAAGUCUGGGUGAGGGAAUAAAAACAGUUGCCUUUCCCAAAUCUGUGAGAGUGGAGUAUCUAAACUUGAUCCUCUACGUAACGGCAGAUAUUAUGAAACUCAAGGCCGCCAAUGAGAGCAAGCCUGGAAGCUGGCUUGAGGCAGACCACCCAGACCAUGCGCUGAAGAGUGAGGAUCUGAACUUGAAGUUUUCCCGGCUGAACGUGUCUCAUUGUGGGCUGGUGAAUGACUGCUGGAGUCUAGGGCAGAAUGAGAGGAGCCUGCGUUACAUCCAGCGCUGCAUCCAGACCCUGCCAUCUUACUGUGUGCUGGGCCCGGAGGGGACCCCAGUCACAUGGAGCGCCAUGGACCCCACUAGUGAAAUAGUGAUGGGCUACACCCUGGAGAGGUACCGAAACAAGGGCAUCAUGAGACAGAUGAUGAUGCGUUACAUGACAUACCUGCGUCAAGAAAAUAUUCCCUUCUACCUCUCGGUGCUGGCCGACAAUGAAAACUCCCACAGAGUAGUGAAGCGGUCUGGUUUCUCUGUGGCCUCAUGUGCAUGGCACCAAUGGACCUGCUACCCACAGGAAUGAGUCCCCUGUGACCUGUGAAGCUGCUUAGCCAUCUUGGGAAAGUCCUCUCAGUAUUGAAGCGGAAGUCACAAAAUAGCUUUCUUUCAUUCACAAAUGUUUCUUAGGCGUUUAUGAUGUGCCAGGAACUCCUGAACAUGCAGAUAUGAUUUUAAAAGAUGCUGCCACAAUCCUGAGGAUUUUACAAUCUGGCGGGGGGGUUAGGGGUGGUGGUGGCGGCAAUUCAGUCUUUCAAGAUGUAUGAUAAGGGCUGUGGGGAAGGCAGGCGUUACCGGUAAGCUCUUCCUUCUGGGAGUCAGAACUCUUUAUGAAGCUGGAUUGAUAGAAUCUAUUAUCUGGAAGACAAGCGAGGAACUUGAAUAAAAUUGUCAAUAGAA